AUGGCUCCUAUUGAACUUCCUGAGGAUAUACAGUGGUCCUCUAAGGCUAGUCUUCCUCAAGUUACAUUACGAUCCACUAUAGCCGGUUUGUGCAUCGGAUCAGUGAUUCUUAUCUCUAAUUUUCAAUUUGGAUUGCAAACCGGCUGGGUCUCUAUGAUGUCUCUACCUGCUGCUCUUUUAGGGUUUGCUGUGUUUAAAGCUUUCGAGGAAAAGUUGGGAUUCGAAUUUACUGAUGUGGAGAAUGUGUUUGUGCAGAGUGUUGCCGUGGCAGUCGCAACGGGGCCUUUGGCCUAUGGAUUUAUAGGUAUUAUUCCCGCUAUAGAGAAACUUUUGACUAAUGCGGAAAGUGGGUACAUUGAUGGAAUAGACUUGAAGCCGCUGUGGAAAUUGGUUGUCUGGUCUGCUGGCGUCGCUUUUUUUGGUGUCUUUUUUGCUAUACCUCUUAGAAGGCAGUUUGUGAUAAGGGAGAAACUUCCCUUUCCUAGUGGAAGUGCUACAGCGACGCUCAUAUCAGUGUUCCAUGGAACCUCGCUGAAAAUUGAUGGGACGGCUAGUGUUAAGGAGCUACCACAGGACGAAGAAACAUCCGAUGACCAACCGAUUGGUCCCUACCACAGUAAUAUGACAAUUAUUGAAUCACAAGAUAUAUGUGAGCUUGCACAUAUGCAGGAGUACCAUUCAAAUCUCAAACUGCUUGGAAUAACAUCGAUGGUGGCGUCUUUAUACACUGUUGUAUCUUAUUUCAUUCCUCAGAUACGCGCUAUCCCUAUCUUCGGCUCUCAACUGUCAGAAGAAUACAUGAUCAACUUUCAACCUUCUCCUGCCUAUAUUGGUCAAGGAAUUAUUAUGGGUUUUCAAACCACUGUUUAUAUGCUCUUUGGUACUAUUCUUGGUUGGGCUAUUCUUUCUCCUCUAGCGAAGUUUCAGAACUGGGCUCCUGGCCCUACGGACGAUUGGAAGGAGGGUAGUGAAGGUUGGAUUAUGUGGAUUUCGCUAAGCAUAAUGAUUAGCGAUUCUGUGGUUUCGUUGACAGUCCUAAUUACAAAAUCUUUAAUUAGAUUGUUUUUCCAGUGUCUUGCUCAUGCUCCAAGUGAUGACAUAUCCUCAGAGAUAGCUCACCAGGAGUUGGCUCAAUUGAUGGAAAAUAAUAACAGUGCCAACAGUGGCCAGAUUGAUAUUAAUCCAGAUACGGUAACAUACGACAGUACAAGUGAUGGAUCGUCGGAUACAAUGGAUCAUAUUUUUACUAGCGGCAGCAAAGAGGCAUCUGAAUCAACAGAAAAUGAUUCGUCGUUGGACGAUGUGGGUGAGUCUUAUAUGGUUCCUAUGCAAUGGGUCAUUAUUGGCCUGAUUGGCUCUUGUGUGCUCUGCAUAGUUUCUACAAGAAUUGUGUUCGGUUCCGUCAUACCAGUCUACGCUAUAGUAUCCUCGGUGGUGAUGAGUCUUCUGUUGUCGAUUUUAGGUGUUAAGGCAUUAGGUGAGACCGAUCUUAAUCCUGUCAGUGGUAUAGGAAAGCUUUCUCAGCUCAUAUGUGCUGUUAUCAUUCCAAAGGGUACAAGGGGAUCAAUUCUCAUAAAUUUAAUUAGUGGUGCUAUAUCAGAAGCCACUACACAACAGGCUGGAGAUUUAAUGCAGGACUUGAAAACGGGCUACCUUUUGGGUGCAUCUCCAAAAGCCCAGUUUAUUGCCCAAAUAUAUGGAUCUAUAUUUUCGAUCUUCAUGAGUUCCUUAAUGUACAAGGUGUACACAAACUUAUAUGAGAUUCCAGGCAAGAUGUUCAAAAUACCGACGGCUGUGAUUUGGAUUGACUGCGCAAGAUUAGUUAAUGGUACUGGACUCCCACCAAAAGUACUAGAGUUUUCCAUUAUAUUUGGUACAAUAUUUGGUUUGAUUUCUCUUUUGAAGAAUUUAGUGACAAAUACUAAGUGUAAGUUCUACAGAUAUUUAAAAUAUCUUCCUGAUGGAGUGCCAGUUGGAAUAGGCAUUUACAAUGUGCCAUCGUUUACGUUCGCCAGAUUUAUUGGCGGCCUAAUUUCUUAUUAUUGGCUUAAGAGGAUAGGCAAUUGUGAAAAGUACCGCAGCAGUAAAGUGCAGAUGAUCAUUUUCAGUAGUGGUUUGGUACUCGGUGAGGGGCUUUUCAGUGUGGUGAACAUGGUUUUUUCAAGCUUGAAAGUUCCGCAUUUAUAA